GCUCUGCGGCGGCGGCUGUCGGGGGGCUCUGGCGGGCGGGCGCCGCCUGUCCCCGCCGAGGGAGCGAGUUGGCAGAUGUGCUUGAGGAGGUCCCUGGUCGGCCUCACCUUUUGUGCCUGCUACCUGGCUUCUUACCUCACGAACAAGUUUGUCCUGUCUGUCUUGAAAUUUACCUAUCCUACAUUAUUCCAAGGGUGGCAGACGUUCAUUGGUGGACUUUUGCUCCAUGUGUCAUGGAAACUGGGCUGGGUGGAGAUCAACAGCAGUCCAAGAUCUGAUGUUUUGACGUGGCUUCCUGCUUCAGUGCUGUUUGUGGGUAUAAUCUAUGCUGGGUCCAGAGCCUUGUCCAGGCUGGCCAUUCCUGUGUUUCUCACUUUGCAUAAUGUAGCUGAAGUUAUCAUCUGCGGGUACCAGAAGUGUUUUCGGAAAGAGAAAACAUCUCCUGCAAAGAUCUGUAGUGCCCUCUUCCUCCUGGCUGCAGCAGGAUGCCUUCCCUUCAACGACUCCCAGUUUGAUCCAGAUGGAUAUUUUUGGGCUGUAAUUCACUUAUUCUGUGUAGGGACUUAUAAAAUUCUACAGAAGUCCCAGAAACCCAGCGCCUUAAGUGACAUUGACCAGCAGUACUUAAACUAUAUCUUCAGUGUGGUGUUCCUGGCGUUUGCGUCGCAUCCUACAGGCGAUCUCUUCAGCGUCCUGGACUUCCCGUUCCUGUAUUUCUACAGAUUCCACGGCAGCUGCUGUGCCAGCGGAAUUUUUGGAUUCUUUCUCAUGGUCAGCACAGUGAAGCUGAAAAGCCUUCUAGCCCCUGGGCAGGGUGCAGCCUGGAUUUUCUUUGCUAAGGUGGUCACAGCUGGCUUAUCAGUCUUGCUGUUUGAUGUGAUCCUGACCCGCGCAGCCAUGGGGUGCCUCCUGCUCGGUGGACUCGGAGAAGCCUUGCUGGUUCUCUCGGAACGAAAGGGGUCCUGAAGAAGACGGGCAAGAGAAGGAGACUCACAGGUUGCCGUGGAGAGCACAGGUCCCUGGCCUCGUAGGGCCAGAUGUCACGAAGAGGGGUCAAGAACAGUGAGACCAGGUGGGCAGCACCAUCGACCUGUUCCCGCUUCAACCCAGGUGCACAUGGUGGUGGUCCAUGAUGUGAAGGCCUCUCUGCUUCGCAUGGCUUCAAGGAGAACUCUUUCCAGGGUGUCCGGGCUGCUGCAGAGGAGUGGUUCAUGUUAUGUCUUCCCCUCUGAGAACCUCUCUCCGCCGUCCUUCAAAAACAGGAAAUAACAGGGUUUCACUGGGCUGGCUCGGCUCCCUUGAACUGACCUGCAGGCUUCUGGAAGCAAGAUGCCCUCCAUCAAAUACUGCUUUCAGGCUGGUGUAGUGGACCCGGGGUAUUUUGUUUUUGUUAUUGUUUUACAUUGAAAGAUAAAAUGGUAUGUAUUUAUCAUGUACAACAUGAUGUUUUGAAAUGCAUAUACAUGUGGGAUAGUUAAAUCUAGCUAAUUAACAAAUGUGUGACUUCAUAUAGUUAUCAUUUUUGUGGGGAGAUUUUUUUGUAUUUUUGUUUCCUUUUGUGUUUUUCUGUCUUUGGAGUCUCCUCUGGGGAUAUCCCUUCCUUGCUGUCAUGCUGGCUGGCCUGGAGCCUACCCUGACCUGUGUACAAGUGCACAAAGUACUCAGGAGGGCAUCCAUUUGGGGCAGGAACGGGACUGAGUGGGAAUUCUGGGCCAGCAAGGACAUGUGAAACUCUAGAGUGGGUGAUGGUCUUUUUGUGGUUGAUGUUGCUAUUUAUUUCCCGCUUCUCAAUUUCUCUUGGUUUUUGGAAACAUGUCAGGAUGUGUGCUGUGUUGAA